CAGUGGAGGAAGUUGCACAUCUCUGAGGUUUCCUUGAGAGUGAUCUGCAGGCAGAGCAGUUGCUCCCCUUUCUCCCUGCUGCCUUUAGAGCCAGGUGGGUGCCAGUGCAUGCUGGGUGCCAUGGCUGUGCCCCUGGGGCUGCUGCUGGCCUUGCUGGGCUGUGCCACUGCCCCAGACCCUGCCCUGGAGGAGACCUGGGAAGGCUGGAAGAGUCUUCACACCAAGGAAUACCCAGUGGGGGUCGAGGCUGCUCGUCGAGGGGUCUGGGAGAAGAACCUGCAGCGCAUCCAGCAGCACAACCAGGAGGAGAGGCAGGGGCUGCACCCCUUCCGCCUGGCCAUGAACCACUACGGGGACCUGACGGAUGAGGAGUUCAACCAGCUCCUGAAUGGCUUCACCCCAGCGUGGUGGGAGAAACCAGCACCCAUCUUCCAGGCAUCAGAGGCCCUGAAGACCCCAGCAGAGGUGGACUGGAGGGCAAAGGGCUUUGUGACACCCGUAAAGAACCAGGGGCACUGCGGCUCGUGCUGGGCUUUCAGUGCCACGGGGGCCUUGGAGGGGCUGGUGUCCAAGCAGACAGGGAAGCUGGUGGUGCUGAGCGAGCAGAACCUCAUGGACUGCUCCCGAAAGCUGGGCAACAGCGGCUGCCAGGGCGGCUUCAUGACCCGAGCCUUCCAGUACGUGCACGACAACGGCGGCUUGAACUCGGAGCACGUCUACCCCUACACGGGCAGGGACACCUCCAGCUGCAGAUAUGACCCCCAGGACAGGGCAGCCAACUGCUCAGGGCUGAGGCUGGUGGCCCCGGGCAGCGAGGCGGCGCUGGAGCAGGCGCUGGCGGCCGUGGGGCCCGUGUCUGUGGCGGUGGACGCCAGCAGCUUCCACUUCCACUUCUACAAGUCAGGCAUCUUCAGCAGCGUGUUUUGCAGCCAGCGAGUGAACCACGGGAUGCUGGCCGUAGGCUACGGCACGAGCCAGGAGCAGGGAGGCAACGCCAGCUUCUGGAUCCUAAAGAACAGCUGGUCGGAGCUGUGGGGUGAGCUGGGCUACAUCCGCCUGCUGAAGGACGCCGGCAACCAGUGUGGGGUGGCCAACCAGGCCAGCUUCCCCGUGCUGUGACACAGCCAGCACCAGCCUCCCGCCCCGGGGCGCCUGGGCUGGCCCUGCCUGCGAUCCACGGCUGCUGGGAAGCGGCUUUUGCUUGUGUGUGGUCGGAGAGCAAUUAAAAGUGGCAGAGUUCA